AUGGAGGCUCUAGAUGCCGUGCUCCUGAUGGCGAGGAUAGCGGCCGACCCUGAUCUUCAAGCAGCGAUGCAAGCUCAUGUUACUGUUAUGCUGGGUCCGUCGGUCCUCCUCCUCCGGGAUCUUGAUUCUUCCGGACAGAGUCUUCUCGGUGCAGAGGAGCUUCGUCUUCUUCGAGAUGCUCUCAGGGAAGUAUGCAUCCCCCUGAAGAGUAUGUCGGAAGACGACGGCGCUAGCUUCAUGGCCAGAUGGUGGAUGAAGAUAGUUCGGGAGCUUUGUUAUGACACGCAGGAUUACCUCAACUUCGUCCAAAGUGCUCGAGAUCGUCCUGAUUUUUCAGAGUUACCUGAUCGUGCCAAGGCUGUUUAUUCAGGCUUACUUGCUCGUGCCAUUGAUGCAAGGGAAAGACGCAGAGGUUUCCAGUGGUCUCCCAAGACCACCCGGUCUGACACGCAGGAAGCCUUCGACCGCCGCUUCUCCAAAGCUUUGGCCCGGGUGUCGGGUUCCUUGGGUGUCUGUACCACACCUGGUGCCGUGGUCGUGGAGGCCCCAAACAAGCUUGUCGAGCUGCUAGCUUUAGACGACGAUGUCGACGACAAGACACUCAAGGUGAUACCUAUAAUUGGAUGUGCAGGUGUUGGAAAGACAACAGCUGCCAGAACCUUGUAUCACAAGCAUGGAGGGAAAUUUCAGUGCCGGGCUUUCGUAAGUGCGUCUCAGAAUCCAGAUAUGAGGGGGAUCCUUACCAGCAUGCUCGCACAACUGAAGGCACCAUGGCCCCCUGGCUUUCCUGAUGUGCUGGACCUUAUUGGUGCUAUCAGCAAGCAUCUCCAAGGCAAAGGGUGA